CCAAAAUGCUUUGCCACUAGGAAGCACAUUUGUAAACAAUGCUAGAAUGCUAAAGGAGAAAGAAUGUCUACGAAAGGCUUGGCUUAUUUGCUAUCGUAUCAUAGUUGCUAUUUUGUUUUAAUACCAGAGUUAGUUUAUUAACAGAACUAACCAGCAGUUUGCACAGGAAUUAGUACGUUUGCUUUAAUCUGAUCUAGUCUGCAAUUGCAGGAAUAACGUUACGGCUACAUAUGUAUUAAGUAUGAUUAUCGUGGUGAUUAAUUAAGCUCAAAAUCAUUUUACGUGUCCAUGGGGAAAAGAAAAGACAUGAUUCACCCCAGAUUUCUCGCUGGAAACGGGGAUGAUUACAACCUCCACAAGAAGAAACACAAAAAGCACAAGAAACACAAGAAGAAGCAUCAUCGGGAUGAUGGACACAGUUUCUCCUCUGAAGCUCUGGAGUCGGACUCUGGGAUGUUGGUGCUCAAACCUCCUCAACUCAAACUCAAGAUCAAACUUGGAGGUCAAACUCUGGGGACCAAAAGUGUGCCCACGUUCACAGUGAUCCCGGACUCUCUGCGCUCCGUGUCGCCUCUGAACGUAGAGAGUGAUGAUGAUGGCGAUGAUGACGACGACGGCGACGACUCUGAUGAUGACGUGCCGUCAGAGGGAGUUCCUAUAGAGCAGUACAGAGCCUGGCUGGAUGAGGACAGUAACCUGGACCCGUCUCCUCUGCCGGACAUGGACACGGACUCGCUGCUGGGAGGCCCGAUGGACGAGGAAGAGCGAUGGCUGGAAGCGCUGGAGAAGGGAGAGCUGGAUGAUAAUGGAGAGCUGAAGAAAGAGAUCGAUGAGUCCCUGCUCACGGCCAGACAGAAAGCCCUCUUACAUAAGCAGCAGAUCCAGCCAUUACUGGAGCUUCCCAUGGGAUACAAAGAGAAGGAGCUGACGGCCGAGAUGAUGCAGAAACGCGAGGAACGUGCCCGCAAAAGACGUCUUCAGGCAGCCAAGAAAGCAGAGGAGAACAAGAACCAGACCAUUGAGAGACUGACCAAGACCAGCAAGGCCAAGAUCAAGAGCAUGAGGGAGCGCAAGUCAAAACAGGCCCAGCUGCCCAUGGUGAGGUACAGCAGUAACGCCCAGGGCGCGGCCGUUUCCUACCCCGUCGGGAUUCCCGCCCCGAUGCCUGCAGUGCCGUCAGCGCCUCCUCCUGCGCCGGCGAGCUGCGGGGUGUCGGGAUGCUCCAACCUGAAGAAAUACUCCUGCUCCAAGACCGGGACACCUCUGUGCAGCCUGGAGUGCUACAAGAAGAACCUGAUUCUGCUGGAGGGAGUCGCUUAAAGAGUGAAACUUUGUUUUUGAGAAUGCUUAAAAAUAGCAGGUCGAUACAAUUAUGUUGAACAAAAGAUACAAUUCUUUGAAUAAUUAGUAUAAAAUCAUGAAGUUGUAUUUAUUUUGUGCAUUCAAACCCACAUAAAGUGUAAUUCCUGAAACGGUAACACUUUAAGGUCAAUUUGUUAACAUUAGUUACAAUGAACAACUUUUUACUUCAAUUAUUAAUCUAAGUUAUUGUUUAUUGUUAUUGGUUCUUUCAUAAGUGUAAACAAAUUUAAAAUGUAUUGGCAUAUGUAGAAACUAACAUUAAAACACAGUAAGUAGUUUUCAUUGUUAAUUUUAAAUAUACCUAAUGCAUUAACUAAUGUUAACAAAUUUAGAAGCGUUACCCAAUUUUUUUAUUUUUUUUAUUUAAUUCAAUUCAAUGCGACAAUUAACUAAGAAUUACAAAUGAUUUACUGAGAAAUUCAUAAAUCACGAGAAUGAAUUUCUGUGAAAAUAGUUCAUAAAACUACUUUGAAUUAAGCUCAAGACAUAAUGGCAAGUAAAUAUGUUUCUAUGUAAAUCCUUCUGUAAAAAACAUGGAAAUUGUCACAUUGAAUUUGAGUAUAAUAGGGAUUUAUAACAAAUUCAUUCUGCUUGUUUACUGAGUGAAACUCACUAUGUAAUGAACCUAUUGUUGACACGCUCUGGACGUUUAUUUUUGUAAAAACACUGAAAUAAAGAACACCUGAAGUAAA